CUGGGCAGGAGCAUCCACGACGGCCCCCACUGUAGCCAGGGCGGGAGGAGGCUGAUUUACAAGGCAGAUAGGUUUCUGGCCGAAGCUUUCAGCCCUGCACCCAGCCGUGCCAUCCUGCGGACUAUAAGAGCACCCCAGACUUCCGCACCAGCUCCAGUCCCCUCCUUCCUUCCCUCUUCCUGGCCUCCGUGCCUGCUCAAGCCUCACCAAAGAGGGACAUUUGGCGCCAUGUCUCUGCUCAACCCUGUCCUGCUGCCCCCCAAGGUGAAGGCCUAUCUGAGCCAAGGCGAGCGCUUCAUCAAAUGGGACGAUGAAACUACAGUAGCCUCCCCGGUUAUCCUCCGAGUGGAUCCCAAGGGCUAUUACUUAUACUGGACAUAUCAGAGUAAGGAGAUGGAGUUUCUGGAUAUCACCAGCAUCCGGGACACCCGCUUUGGGAAGUUUGCCAAGAUACCCAAGAGCCAGAAGCUCCGAGAUGUCUUCAACAUGGACUUUCCUGACAACAACUUCCUGCUGAAGACACUCACUGUGGUGUCCGGCCCCGACAUGGUGGACCUCACCUUCCACAACUUCGUCUCCUACAAGGAGAACGUGGGCAAGGACUGGGCCGAGGAUGUACUGGCCUUGGUCAAGCACCCGCUGAUGACCAACGCCCCCCGCAGCACCUUCCUGGACAAGAUCCUGGUGAAGCUCAAGAUGCAGCUCAACCCCGAAGGGAAGAUUCCUGUGAAGAAUUUUUUCCAGCUGUUUCCUGCUGACCGGAAGCGGGUGGAAUCAGCCCUCAGCGCCUGCCACCUCCCCAAAGGCAAGAAUGACGCCAUUAAUCCUGAGGACUUCCCAGAAUCUGUCUACAAGAGUUUUCUCAUGAGUCUCUGCCCUCGGCCAGAAAUAGAUGAGAUCUUCACUUCCUACCAUGCCAAGGCCAAACCCUACAUGACCAAGGAGCACCUGACCAAAUUCAUCAACCAGAAACAGCGGGACCCACGGCUCAACUCCCUGCUGUUCCCACCAGCACAGCCUGACCAGGUGCAGGGCCUCAUUGACAAGUAUGAGCCCAGUGGCAUCAAUGUGCAGAGGGGUCAGCUGUCACCUGAGGGCAUGGUCUGGUUUCUCUGUGGGCCAGAGAACAGCGUGCUGGCCCAGGACAAGCUGCUGCUUCACCAAGACAUGACACAGCCACUCAAUCAUUACUUCAUCAACUCCUCACACAACACAUACCUGACAGGCAGCCAGUUCUCAGGCCUUUCCUCGGCUGAGAUGUACCGCCAGGUCCUGCUGUCUGGCUGCCGCUGUGUGGAACUAGACUGCUGGAAGGGGAAGCCCCCGGAUGAGGAGCCCAUUAUCACCCAUGGCUUCACCAUGACCACAGACAUCUUCUUCAAGGAAGCUAUAGAAGCCAUUGCAGAAAGUGCAUUUAAGACCUCGCCCUAUCCCGUCAUCCUGUCAUUUGAAAACCACGUUGACUCACCCCGCCAACAGGCUAAGAUGGCCGAGUACUGCCGGACAAUGUUUGGGGACACGCUGCUAACUGAGCCCCUAGAAAAGUUUCCGCUAAAACCAGGCACCCCCCUGCCCAGCCCCGAGGACCUCCGGGGCAAAAUCCUCAUCAAGAACAAGAAGAACCAGUUUUCUGGCCCAAUAUGCCCCAGCAAGGAGCCUGGGGAAGCUGAGGGCAGCUGCCCACCCAAAGUCUCCUUGGGCAGCAAGGACACAGUGUGGACUGGUGAGGAAGGGGCUGAGCUGGAGGACGAAGAGGUGGGAGAGGAAGAGGAGGAGGAGUCGGGAAGCCUGGAUGAAGAAGAGAUAAAGAAGAUGCAGUCGGAUGAGGGCACAGCAGGCCUGGAAGUGACAGCUUACGAGGAGAUGUCCAGCCUAGUCAAUUACAUCCAGCCUACCAAGUUCAUCUCCUUUGAGUUCGCUUCCCAGAAGAAUCGCAGUUACGUCAUCUCCUCCUUCACCGAGCUCAAGGCUUAUGACCUGCUCUCCAAGGCUGCAGUGCAAUUUGUGGACUACAACAAGCGCCAGAUGAGCCGCAUUUACCCCAAGGGCACCCGUGUGGACUCCUCCAACUACAUGCCCCAGAUGUUCUGGAACGUCGGUUGCCAGAUGGUCGCCCUCAACUUCCAGACAAUGGACCUGCCCAUGCAGCAGAAUAUGGCGUUGUUUGAGUUCAACGGGCAAAGCGGCUACCUCCUCAAACAUGAGUUCAUGCGCCUGCCGGACAAGCAGUUCAACCCCUUUUCAGUGGACCGCUUGGACGUGGUGGUUGCCACCACCCUGUCGAUUACGGUGAUCUCCGGGCAGUUCCUGUCCGAGCGCAGCAUGCGUACCUACGUGGAAGUGGAACUCUUCGGCCUUCCUGGGGACCCCAAGAGGCGCUAUCGCACCAAGCUCUCACCCAGUCCCAACUCCAUCAAUCCUGUCUGGAAAGAGGAGCCUUUUGUCUUUGAAAAGAUCAUGAUGCCUGAGCUGGCCUCCCUCAGGGUGACGGUGAUGGAAGAAAACAGCAAGUUUCUCGGACACCGCAUCAUCCCCGUCCAUGCCCUGAACUCUGGAUACCAGCAUCUGUGUCUGCACAGUGAGAGCAAUAUGCCCCUUACCAUGCCUGCACUCUUCGUCUUCCUGGAGAUGAAGGACUAUGUACCUGAUACCUGGGCAGAUCUCACCGUGGCCCUUGUCAACCCCAUCAAGUUCUUCAGCGCCCAUGAUAAGUCUAUGAAGCUCAAAGAGGCCAUGGGAGGAGGUCUGCCUGAGAAGCCCUUCCCACCCAGGAGUUCAGUUGCUGGCCAGGUCAAUGGGGCAGCAGCUCCAACCAGCAACGGGGCAGCAGGUACGUAUUUUAGGUCCUCCCACCCACUGGGAGGCCUCCACCGCUGUCUGCACCCACAGGUGCAUCCCAGCCUGGCAGCAGCGCCUAAAAAAACAGACUUUCACCUGGGAGGGAAGGGCUGUGUCUGAAGCCACAGGGCUGGUAAUGCACUGCAACGGGUGGAUACUUCGACCCCCCAGGGGUUGGGGAGCUCAGCCAAAGGAGUCCCCAGGGCACCAGUCGGCUCAUCCUGUGGCUCUUGCAGCAGCCGGGGCCAGGGAGGAGACCUCGAAAACAGCCCCGGAUAAGGCCUGCUUAGCCCCGGGGAUCUUGGAGAUGAGUUUAGGGCGGGACUGGGGUUCCUGGGGGCGA